AUGGAAAUUAAUCAAAAAACUGCUCUAAGUGUGGAAGAGAAUUUAUUUUUAGUUCACAGGUCUUUAAAUAAGCUUUCAAAAGAUAAUCAUCAAGUAUUAUCAGAACAAAUCAUUUCGAAAUGCACUGAUCUUGAUAGAGUUUCAGCAAUCGAAGUAAUCAGUCAGCUCUAUUCAAAAGUUGUUAAUCAACCUCUUUUGCUACCAUAUAUCUCUCAAAUAUGUUCAAAACUAUCACCUUUAUUUUUUAAUAAAUUACAAAUAUCAAUGGGUGAUAGAUUUAUAGAAUAUUAUUAUCAAGAGUUUAGUAAUGUUCAAGCAAUUCUGCAUCAUUCACCACAAACCAAUAUCACUGAGCUGAAAUCCAAGAUCAUUCAUGCCAGUAGAUUUCUAGCGGAAUGCUAUCGUUUCAAUAUAUUAGGUGCAUCGUUUUUCAGUGAUAUCAUUUCAACCUUUUUACCGAAAGAUUCAUCGCAGACAUCGGAACACUCCGAGUUUACGCUGCUUCAGAUCGAAUCGCUCGGAGUGAUCGCCACUAUCGUUGGUCGUGCCAUUGAGUCUUCAAACAAGUCCGGUCUGACCAACCACUCGAAUCUCAUCAUCCAACAAGCGAUUGAGGAUGGCUUCCAGUUGAUCCAGUCGUUGUCAGAGAACCGCAACGUACGUCCACAGACCAGAUACAUGCUAAAGAAUCUGAUAGAGCUCAAGAACAACCAUUGGGUGCUACCGAACCAAGCACUCUAUCAUCAGGAACAGGAGAUACUCCAAAAGGACAUUAUCGACUUUGCAGAGGAGGUCGGCAAGUCGAUCAACAAGUUCCUCUCGCGCCAAUGCACUAAAUCCGAGACUGCUCAGCUCUUCUGGAAAAAACUGCUCCAGUCGAUCAGCACCAACAACUACUCGCUCUUCAAGGAAACCAUUCUAGAAGAUACCACCUCGUCACCUUCCUCUGCACCAGUCGUUCCUCUUUCACCAUGGCUGCGUCGUGCUUCUGCACGUCCACCUCUUUCACCUGUAAACAACUCUGAAAACAACAACAAUAAUAAUAAUAACAAUGUAUCAAAGAAUCCACACAAUAUCCAAAGACUCAAUCUCUCUGAACUUCAACAACACCCAAUGGAUAUCGAUGACAACUUUAGUCUCAACCCAGUUGCUACCAACAACAACAAGAAAGAAGAAUUCGGUGGUCUAUCUCUUCAAUUCAAACCAAUGAAUAAUUUAGUGCUCAGAAACAUUGAGAGUAAUCUGCCAGCUGGUUUCAUCUCACCCAAACUUCCAAGAUCGGAAUCAUCGCCAACCCUGAGUAGUUUGUCAGGUAGCAACAGCGGCUUGAACAAUAUUAACAACAACAACAAUAAUAAUAAUAAUAACAAUAACAAUAACAGUUUGGGCUACAGAGAAUCACCAGAACUCAAAUUGACACCAUCUGCCAACAAUCUCUCGGUCAUCCUCUCGAUUAUCGACAGUAAGAUCAUCGGACCACGUGAUAUUUGGAAGAAGAAGAUUAUGAACAAGAUCCUCGAAAUGAAAAACACACUUAAAAAGAACAACAAAACAGAGAUUCUCGCUGCCAUCUGGCAGAACAUGUGUGAUAAUCAAACCGACUACGUCUCGUAUCUCGAUCUUUGUUUCACUCUGAUUCAAAUGGACGAAGAGGAAGUCGCUCAGCCAGUUGAACCAGAAAAGAAACCAGCUCCAGCUCCAGCUCCAGCACCAGCAAUCCAACAGCUACCAGUGAUGCAUAUGCAGCCACUCGACGAACCAGCCGGCUCUGGAAGAUCCUCUGAGAACAGCAUGGCUCUUGAACAUCCCGCUAAAAAGAAGAUUCAAAACAGACGUUCCUCAAUGGCAACCAUUCAAAUGUCCAACCCCAAUCCAAAUGUAGCACAAUCACUUAUGGCCAGAAGAUCAUCGAUUGCCUCCACCUCUGAGCUCACCAGAAGAGGCUCAAUGUCCGAAGACACACCAAAUAUUUGUCCACCAGCUCCAAAAUUAAAAUCCACACCAACACUUCAAUCAGUUUCACACAAGGCAAUGAUGAAUAAUGCCAUUAAUAACAACAAUAACAACAACAACAAUAAUAAUAGCGCAAACAACAACAAUAAUAUCCCAACCAACAUUACAAAUGUUCCUGUUAAAAACCAGAGUAUUAAUCAUACCACAACUAAUCAACCAAAUGCAAAGAAACAUAAAACCUCAAAUGGAGAUACCUUUAGAGAUGUAUUAGUUUCAUCAUUACAGGAUGAUUUAGCUCUUAAAAUGUUUAUAAAGAAAAAGAGUCUCAUUGUUUAUUUUGAAUUAUUAAAAGAUUUGUAUAGAGAAUUUAUAAUUGAAAUACCACUGCUUCUUAGAUGUAUAUCGUUGAUUCAAAUCGGAUUGUAUGAACUCUCGGAUGAGGAGUGUAUGACCUUGUUCGAGUUGGAAGAGAUGGCACAGGUACAACAAAACGCAGAGAAACAGAUUCACCAAAAAGACUCGUUACUCAGAAAUCAAAACCAAUACUUCCAAUGGAAAACCAAUACUUGGCAAGAGAAACCACCUUCACCACCACCUCCACCCAACAGUUUCUUUGAUUUAGCAUCUGAUGUAUUUGUAUUAUAA